CCAUAAACGCAUUGGAUCUGCUUCGGAUAAAGACCCACCCGCCCAUAUAAGAAAUCGCCCUCACUCGGACAGCGUGGAUAACGUGGCGCGUGACCAAUGCAUCACCGUUCUCACGUUUCUGCAACCGUACCAGCUCAACUUCCAUUGAUUCACUAAAUAAAUACCUCGGCCCCAGCUCUCGUUUUUCCGCUAUCCAUCCACAUUCGCAGCACAAAUAUGUCAUCUUCUCUGGUCCAGUUUCCUUCGCCGGAAAGUAAUGGUUCCGGUUCUAACCACGAAGACGGUAACGACCGGCACGAUUCCGGCUUCUCCACCCUCGACGAACCUAGCUUCGCUCUACUACCACCGGAGUCGUUUCUUCAGGCCGCCGUGUCUCUCAAAGACCAGAUUGUCGAGGUCACGUGGAAAGCACGCGGCGGCAGUGCGGGUGCUUAUUUGGAUCCGACGGUGUACACGGGGUUGAUGGGGACGGCUUACACCUGCCUCCGGUCGUUUGAGGCCACCGGAAAUCGCCGUGACUUGCUAUUGUGCACCGACAUUGUUGACAGUUGCGCGUCACUCGCCUCCACCAGGCACAUAACAUUUCUGUGUGGUAGAGGAGGGACCUAUGCACUAGGUGCAGUUGCAUGCAAUUACUGUGGGGAUCAGCAGAAGCGAGACUUUUAUUUGAACUGUUUCCUAGAGGUAGCACAGGAGAAGGCCCUUCCUGUUGGUCCUGAAGAUGGAGGAUUCGGAAUGUCCUACGAUCUGCUCUAUGGAAGAGCCGGUUUUUUGUGGGCAGCUCUUUUCAUAAACCGACACUUAGGAUCAGAAGUAGUGCCAAAUGAUCUUCUCAUGCCGGUCGUUGAAGCCAUACUAGAAGGCGGAAGGGCAGGGUCAUCUGACAAUUCAAGCUGCCCACUUAUGUACAGAUGGCAUGGCACUAGAUAUUGGGGUGCAGCACAUGGUCUUGCUGGCAUUUUGCAAGUGUUACUGCAUUUCCCACUACGAGAGAAUGGUAUUGAAGAUGUCAAGGGCACUUUAAGAUACAUGAUGAGCAACAGGUUUCCACACAGCGGCAAUUACCCGGUCAGCGAGGGAAAUCCGAGGGAUAAGCUGGUGCAAUGGUCUCAUGGUGCAACUGGCAUUGCCAUAACUUUGUGCAAAGCAUCUCAGGUAUUCCCAAACGACAGAGAAUUCCGGGAUGCAGCAAUAGAAGCCGGGGAAGUAGUGUGGAAGAGAGGGCUGGUGAAGAAGGCAGGAUUGGCGGAUGGUGCGGCUGGGAAUGCUUAUGCAUUCUUGUCUCUCUAUCGGUUAACAGGAGAAAGCAUAUACAAGGAAAGAGCAAGGGCAUUCGCAAGCUUCCUGUAUCACAACGGUGGCAGGGACACCGCUGGGGACAAAGCAGCAGACCACUCCUACUCCCUGUUCCAAGGGUUAGCUGGUACGGUCUGCUUGUGGUUCGAUUUGCUCACACCAGAGAAUUCCAGGUUUCCUGGUUUUGAACUUUAAGCCCGAGUAUUCCCAUGCUUGUCUCUCUGUACGAUUAACUAAAACUUAGAUAUAUAUGGACACUGAGUUAGUAGGAAAUGCACUACUUUGUAAGUGCUACUGAUGAUGUAUAUAGUGUCUUAUUUUCAUGAUCAUGAUCACUCAAACAAUAUUGUGAUGUUUGGUUAUUAAUCCCAUCACAAAAUGGAAACGGAAUAUGAUAUUGAAUGCAGCGGUGGACACACAUGGGGGCUAUAGGGGGCUGCCGCCCCUCCGGGGAAAAAAAUUCUAGGUAUAUUCACCCCGAAAUUUUUAAUAUAUAUGUAUUUGUAUGUAUAUUCUUGUACUGCCGCCCCUGCUAUCGGGAAAUCCUGCGUCCGCCGCUGAUUGAAUGAAGGACCAUUAUGUCGUUUGUGAAAUGGAGAGCAAUGGUUUAGAAUCAAAUUGUAAAAAGAUGUAUUAUGAAUGAGUUUUCACUUUAAAAGAUAACUUAAUAGGAGUAACUCGAAAUUCAUGUGUUGAUUUGGUAAUUCCUAUCCAAACGAUGUACACUAAAUAAGAUAUUUUGGGGGUUUUAAGACAUAACUUAUGAAUAUUCCCCGCAAAAGCGAAUGGGACAGUUUCAAAUCCUCAUUUGGCCGUAUUAAUCAAUCGGUUUUUGAAAGUUGCUGCU